AGCCGAGGAAAAUAUGUUUUAACCAGGCAGCAAUUCGGUCAGCCUGGAUCCUGAGGUCCUUUCGCCGCCAUUUUGUUUGCGAAUGUUUAUAUUACAGACUACGGGGACUUGCAGGUCACAUUGAAUGCAUAGCCGGAACCAUGAUCGCUAGGGUGUUAGGUCCUCGGUACCAGCAACUGGCAAAGAACUGGGCUCCUGUCCUAGCCACCUGGGGAUCAGUAGGAGCAGUGGGACUGAUAUGGGCUACAGACUGGAGGCUGUUUCUUGAUUAUGUUCCAUAUGUAAGUGGAAAGUUUAAGGAUGAGAAAUAAACUUCUACCGAUCCACUGUCUACUAUGAGCAUGUCUUGGAUUUGGCCCAGAUCACAAAAUCUUCAGUGUCCAGUAUGUUAAUGCAAGGAAAUGGACAGACCGUCUUUACACCUUGGAUGAAGCUGCUUAUUUAUGAAUAAAUGUUGGACUUGCGUAUUUCAGAAUUAUUUGCUGAAAUGUAUUGGUGUCUACUUUAACUGUACUGCUCACUUCUGAAAAAGAAAUCUAAUAAAAUGUUUAUAAUUCAA